UUAUGUUGUAAACAUGGAGUUCUGAAGUUACGGGUUGGCAGGAAGGUGGUGUGCUGCAACUUUGUGUGAUGAAAAUGGUGCCAUGAACUGCAUUUAUUAGGCCUACUAUGCAAAGAACUGUGAAACCAAGUGCACGAACAUGCUUUGAUGGCGAGGAGACUCUUAGGACAUAAUAGAAAUGGUGCAUUCUGGGAGAUUCCCCCCAGGAGUUGACCGCCGUCUCAACAAGUAUGCGGGAACAAUUUUGAUUGGUGGGAUUUUUCUGUGCUUCAGUGUUAUGAUGUAUUUGACAUUUUGUAACAUGCCUUGUGAGGACAAGACGUAUGGAAUUUUCCAGGAGGAUCUGGAACUCGUCAAAAGUCAUUCCUACUGGAAAAAGCAUAUUUUUGCUGCCAAAAAGUCUCAGGCAGCAUCCGUCAUCAUCAUGGUUCUGUCAGGGCCACAGAAUUUGGAAAGAAGAGACGUUAUCAGAGAGACUUGGCUGAGCAACAUGCCCGAAGAUGUGAUGGUCAAAUUUCUGAUCGGAAUUAAAAAAUUAAACAAAAAUGAUCUGCGUGGUGUUGAAAGAGAGAACUCUGUACAUAAUGAUUUGCUGCUCUUGAAAAAUGUAGAAGAGUCUUAUGGUGGGCUUACAGCAAAAGUUGUAGAGAGCUUCCAGUGGGUAGAUAAAAAUGUUGAUUUUCAGUUUUUGUUAAAAGUCGAUGAUGAUAGCUUUGUUCGUUUGGAUACAUUCCUGGAGGAGCUCCGCUUUCAGCCUAAAGAAAGACUUUAUUGGGGCUUUUUUAAUGGUGCUGCUCGGGUAAAACACUCCGGAAAAUGGAAAGAAAAAGACUGGGUGUUGUGUGAUAGAUAUCUACCAUAUGCUCGUGGAGGUGGGUACGUCUUAUCAGCAGACUUGGUCCAUUACAUAACCAUAAACUCAAAAUUCUUACAACAGUUUAACAGUGAGGAUGUUUCUGUGGGGGCAUGGUUGGGCCCACUGGAUAUUCUAAGAGUUCAUGACCCAAGGUUUGACACCGAAUUUGAAUCCAGAGGAUGUAAUAAUAAGUACAUUGUUUUGCAUAAACAAUCACCUGCUAACAUGAGAGAAAAAUUUAACACCUUGAAAGACAUUGGGGUUUUGUGUCGAAAAGAGGAGAGAAAACAUUUAUCUUAUCAGUAUAACUGGAAUGCUCCACCAAGCUUGUGUUGUAUCAGAAAUGACUCGACAAUUCCCUAAACAAAAUAAGUGGAAUGUAUAUGUACACUCUACCUUUACAUGAAAUAAAAUAUUUUUGUACCUUACUAAA